GAGGGCAGUUGGGCUUGGAGACGGCAGAGGCUGCCAGGCUGCUGAGGAAGACCCCCUUCCUGACUGCGGGGCUUUCGCUCCGGGACAUGGUGGCAGGCGCUGGAGGCUGCCGCAGCCUGCGUGGGCAGAGGGUAGCUGAGCUCAGUUGGGGGAGCAGGAGACCGGCACUGGCUGGAUGGACCUGGAAGACUCGCUGCUGUCCACUGGCCCCAAUGCCAGCAAUACCUCUGAUGGCCCCCACAACCUCACCUUGGCAGGAUCCCCUUCUCGCACGGGGAGCUCCUACAUCAACAUCAUCAUGCCUUCUGUGUUCGGCACCAUCUGCCUCCUGGGCAUCGUCGGGAACUCCACGGUCAUCUUCGCGGUGGUGAAGAAGUCCAAGCUGCACCGGUGCAGCAAUGUCCCCGACAUCUUCGUCAUCAACCUGUCGGUGGUGGAUCUCCUCUUUCUCCUGGGCAUGCCCUUCAUGAUCCACCAGCUCAUGGGCAAUGGGGUGUGGCACUUUGGGGAGACCAUGUGCACCCUCAUCACGGCCAUGGAUGCCAACAGUCAGUUCACCAGCACCUACAUCCUGACCGCCAUGGCCAUUGACCGCUAUCUGGCCACCGUCCACCCCAUCUCCUCCACAAAGUUCCGGAAGCCCUCGGUGGCCACCCUGGUGAUCUGCCUCCUGUGGGCCCUCUCCUUCAUCAGCAUCACCCCCGUGUGGCUCUAUGCCAGACUCAUCCCCUUCCCAGGAGGUGCUGUGGGCUGCGGCAUCCGCCUGCCCAACCCGGACACUGACCUCUACUGGUUCACCCUGUACCAGUUUUUCCUGGCCUUUGCCCUGCCUUUUGUGGUCAUCACGGCUGCGUACGUGAGGAUCCUGCAGCGCAUGACAUCCUCGGUGGCUCCCGCCUCCCAGCGCAGCAUCCGGCUGCGGACAAAGAGGGUGACCCGCACAGCCAUUGCCAUCUGCCUGGUCUUCUUUGUGUGCUGGGCGCCCUACUAUGUGCUACAGCUGACCCAGUUGUCCAUCAGCCGCCCCACCCUCACCUUUGUCUACCUGUACAACGCAGCCAUCAGCUUGGGCUACGCCAACAGCUGCCUUAACCCCUUUGUGUACAUCGUGCUCUGUGAGACGUUCCGCAAACGCUUGGUCCUGUCGGUGAAGCCUGCAGCCCAGGGGCAGCUUCGCACUGUCAGCAACGCUCAGACGGCUGACGAGGAGAGGACAGAAAGCAAAGGCACCUGACCCUUCCCCGGCCACCCUGGACACCUCCGAGUCGGGACACUACAGCAAGCCACCGGGAGAGAUGCUGAGAAAAACCCAAGACCACUGGGGGAAUGCAGGGAGGCUGGGUGGUGAGAGGCUUCGGCAAUGAAACACAUUCCAUGGGGACCAUACAUUGUGGGGGAGGCCUGGAGUCAGGUUUGGUGGUUUCAGAUGUCAGAAAUCCCCUUGGGGGAGCAGGAUGAGACCUUUGGGUAGAACAGAAGCUGAGCAAGAGAAGCUGUUGGUUUGGAUCAUUGGUUGAGCACUGUAUCUGUGAGCUCUCAAAUGUCUUUUUCCCAAGGGAAAAGGUGGAAGGCUGUGGACUGGGUUUGUUUAAAGUCAGGCAGGGCCGGAGUGUGAGCAGCCAGGGCCUUGUUACACAAGGCCUGGGAGACGGGAAAGGGCCCAGUCCUUCUUUCCCGCCUCUUACUGGUGUGAUGGAAAGCGGCCAUUCUCCCAAACCGGUGAAUGAUGAAAAAUGAAGCGUACCAUCUCUCUGCAUUCCAGCAUCCUGUCGAUUUCCCUUUUACUCCAGAGGGUGCAUGUUUACUUGGGGGGCAUCCGGCGCUAAGCCCACAGGAGUAAAAGCCCAGUUUGGUAGGAGGCCUGCUUACUGAGAAUGACAGGUGACCUGGGGUGAAUAUGGGUGGGGGUCUUAAAACCAAUAAAAGUUGGGGAGGGCUUUUGCAGCUCUGAUGACAUUCUCUCCUUGGGGCAUAUUUGCUGAGUCGCUAGUCCAGCGUGAGUGUCCGUGGAUUCUGCAUGUGCAGGGGCCAUUCUAGUGCUCAGUGUGCUGGCAUCAUCUUUUUGCUCCAGCCCUUCCUCUCCAAAAUAAAAACAAAUAAAGGAAAAUCUCCACCCACA